UCCCUUUGUUUUUUCCCUCGCCCACUAAUUCAUUUUCUCUGCCUUGUGAUUUACUGCUUCAGGACACGCUUCUAAGCUUUAAUUUCCAUGACUAAGACUUAGGACUUGGCGACUUGCUUUUGGCUCUGGAUUAUAUGCUUGGAAAAUGCACCUUAAUUUCCCCAGGUUGUCACUAUAUAUGAAAAGGGAACUUUUUAAAUUCAUUUAAGUCUUAUUUGCUUUUCAAUCAUAAACCUAGGCUCGUUACUUUUUCCAGCCUUGUAUUUUAAUCUGUUCUUUAUUUAUUUCUUUAGAAACUUCUUCAUCUCCAUGACCUUUGAUCAUAACAGGGGUCUUUGUGGUUGGUCUUUGGAGCCAUGCAAAGAGCAAAAGUUGAUAUUUGAUAAUUCUUUCAAGCUUGGGUUUAUAAUCGGGUAUAUUGUUUUCACACUAUCAGCUAUGACUGUUUUUAUAUCCUACUGUGUCCCUCGGACACAAGUGAAAGAGGCGAAGAAUGUGGUAUUAGCAUCCUCACUGCUUAAUAGGAAGAAUAAGAAGAAAAAAGCUGACCAAGACAAUGAAUUGCCAACUUUGCAGCUUCUACAGAUCCCUAAGUUGGAGAGGAUGGUUCCUAGUAUGAGUUUUACACAACUCAGUAAAGCUACAGAUGACUUCAGGAUAUCCAAUAUUAUUGGGGUUGGAAAGAUGGGAACAAUGUACAAGGCAAUUCUCCCAAAUGGUAGGUUGAUAGCUGUCAAGAGGUUAAAUGACUCUCAACUGAUUACUGAAGAAUUUGUAUUUGAAUUAAAGACAUUGGGUAGUUUGAGACAUGUUAACUGUGUUCCACUUUUGGGAUUCUGCAUAGAAUCAACUCAAAGGCUUCUGGUUUAUAAAUACAUGUCAAAUGGAAACCUUUAUAAUUGGCUGCAUCCUGUGCAAAAGGAGGCAAAGAUCCUGGAAUGGCCAUUGAGGGUCAAAAUUGCAAUCGGAUUAGCAAGAGGUUUGGCAUGGCUCCACCACAUCUGUAGUUUUCGAGUAGCUCAUCUUAAACUCAGCUCAAAGUGUAUUUUACUUGAUCAAAAUUUUGAGCCCAAGUUAUCAAAUUUUGGGAAGGCAAUGCUCAUGCAUCCAAAUGACAUUGGUUUGAACAGGCCAAGGGGUUUCUCCAUAAAUAGGGAGUUCUGGGAGUGGGAUUUUAUUAAGAAGGAUGUUUUUGCCUUCGGGAUUGUGCUUCUUGAGCUGAUUACUGGGGAAGACCCUAGCAAAGAAACCAAAUGGAAAGAAAGAUUCAGUGGGAACUGUCAGCUUUCCAAUCAUAAAUCUCUAACUCAGCAAGGACCUGAUAAUGGUGAGAUCUUACAUUUACUUGGAGUGGCAUCCAACUGUGUUCAGCCAUUUCCUGAGCGAAGGCCAACAAUGCUUGAAGUGUACAAAACAUUAAGGGUCAUUGGAGAGAAAUAUGGCGUAGUGGAUGAUUCUGAGAUUGAUAGCCGCUGAAACUUGCUAUAUGCUAAGACUGCAUCAAAUGUGAUUACACUCAUUCUGAUGCUGCAAAUAAGUCUCUAAUAUGGAUCAAACCAAGCAGGCUAAUAAAUUUGCAAGCGUAUCAACGUUAGAAGAGGAGACUUGUUUAAAUUCACUUGUUAUGCUGAUUUUAGAGAUACAAUAAUAAAAAUUAACAUUCUUUUUUUGUGUUUCAAGUUUCAACAUGAAGUUAGAU